AUGAAUGCAAGUAAACCGAAAUUACAGGUAUAUGGAAAUCGUUGGGAUGGCGAGCUUCUUCCGCAGGCCCCCACUGUAGUAUUGUUCAGCAACGAUAAGAAGGAAUCCUAUUUUGGAUUUGAGGCGGAAAAGAGGUACGCGAAACUUACAGAAAAUAACAGAAAUGAAAACUGGAGAUAUUUCCAAAGGUUUAAAAUGGACCUUCAUAGACAAAAGAAACUCACACGGACAACGACUGUAAAUGAUGCACAAGGAAGAGAGAUGCCCGCGGUAGAGGUUUUUACCACUGCCAUCAGACAUUUGAAAAAUCAUUUCUUGGAACAGGCCCAGAAGAGGGUAGAACUCAAGGAGAAUGAAGUUCGAUGGGUAAUUACCGUCCCUGCAAUCUGGAAUGACGAUGCCAAACAGUUUAUGAUAGAGGCGGCUAAAAUGGCAGGAAUAAAAGAAGAUCAAAUAUCACUGGCGUAUGAGCCGGAAGCUGCAGCCAUUUUUUGCAAACAGAGCAGACUUGCAAAGCUUAAACAUGAAGGGAAAGAUGCAACAAUUCAACCUUUUCCUCCGGGAUUUAAAUUUCUCAUUUUAGACCUCGGAGGUGGAACUGUUGACAUUACUGCGCAUGAAGUUCAAAAGGAUGGCACGCUUCAAACACUUACAGAGCCUUCAGGUGGAAAAUGGGGAGGUACUCUUGUCGAUGAUGGAUUCAUAGAAAUAUUUGAGGGUCUGUUUGGAAAAGAGGUUAUGAAAAGCCUAAAAACAGAUCCUAAAAAAGCUGAUUAUAAACGGGAACUCGAUGCCGAAAUUGAAAUAAAAAAGAAGACUGUUGUUGUUGAAAGCAACAACACAACGGAUGAUGACUUUAUUUCGAUUAAACUGCCAUUUGCUUUGACAGAGGAAACGAAAUCCCCUCAGUUUCAGAGCGCAUUGGAGGGCCAAACGUUUAAUGGAAAAGUCAUACAGAAAGGGGAUAAAGUUCAAAUUCACAAUUCAAUUGUGAUAUCGGCAUUUGAUAGUUCGGUUAAGAAAAUUGUGGCACAUCUUAAAAUGUUGCUCAAAACGGCUGAAUUGAAGCGAUUGAAUGCUGUUGUAAUGGUGGGUGGAUUUUCAGAGUCGAAAGUGGUUCAAAAGGCAGUCAAAGACGUGCUAAAGAAUAGCCCGGCAAUAGAUCUGAUAAUACCUGAGGAUAGCAGUUUAGCCAGUGUUCAAGGAGCCGUGUCCUAUGGAUUCGACCCAACUAUAAUAUCAACCCGGAUAUCAAGUUACUCUUAUGGAAUUACUUCAUCGGUUCCGUUUAAUAGCCAACUUCAUCCUGAAGUAAGUCGUGUUAAAAGGAGUGACGGAUCCUACAGAUGUGAUGACGUAUUCAAGUUAUUUGUGAAGAAGGGUUGUAAAGUGAUCCCUGGACACACCACGGCUUCUCACGAGUUCAACCCUUCCCCAUCAACUAGAGAGCAUCAAAAAAUUGAGGUUUAUAAAUCCGAUAAAGACGAACCGCCACUGCUUAUAAACGAGUGUCAGAAAGUCGGGAACCUGCGUAUUAAUUUACCCUAUAGUGAUUUUACCGGAACGACUGUUACAGUAAACAUGAAGUUUGGAGGUACACAGAUGAUUGUUACCGCAGUCGUGAAAGGGCCGAGUGGAAUUGAAUCAGUGGAAGCCUCUUUCGAUUGGCUUUAAAACAUAUUUUUGAUCAUAGGAUGUGUUAAUGUACAUAAUAUAUUUCAAACUUUUGAUGUAUUUCGACAAAUACUGCUUAUGAAACGAAUCUUACACUGCGAUUUGAACAGUUCAAAAUUUGUUUUGAUUGGAAACGAUGAUUUAAAACUAUAAAAACAAGUACUUUGAUCAAAUGAUGUUUUUUUCUUGUUCAAUGUUACAAGUAUCAGAAACAAACAAUUAGUAUCAGGUCUAUAAAUGAUUUGCCAAAAUUUUGUGGCAACAUUGUUUGUUCUUAUUUGGACAAAAAAUAGUGAAUAUAAUAAAGUGACUUAAGGGUUGUGAGCACUAUACUGCAACAAUCGUCUACUGCUUAAAUAAAAAUCGAUAUUAUUCAUAUAAUCAUGCAAUUUAAACUACUGUCUAAACGACUCAUUCACAAGCAAAACAUCUCAUGUUUUCGUUUAUCAAACUUAUGUUUAUUAUCAUUAUUGUAUUAUUAAUAAUGAUGUUAACACAUAAUGUUAGGUAUAUGUCCUAAACAUGAUAAUGUUACUGUAAGGGUUUGGGUUUCUUGGCUUGGAAAAUUUGGGCUAGUAAGCCGUUUUGUCAGUGCCGUGUGGAAACUGUAAAAAGUCGCCCCGUUUAAUGUUGUCAUAAUUUUACAGACACUGAGAACGGUAGUCUUUAGUUUGCGAGUGAGAAAACUACGUGUAUGACAGUCAAUGAUAAAAAAGCUUUUUUUACCAAUGAUCGCUCAGAUAAAUAUAUAUAUUGGACGUGCACAGAUGUCAUUGAAGUUUUAAAUUUUGUACUUAAUAAUUCCUUUCUAAAAUUCGGUAAUCUUUUAUAUAAGCAAACAAUAGCCAUUCAAUGGGUGCCAAUUAUGCACCUUUACUUGAAGACCACUUUUUAUACUGUUUUGAAAGUGAAUAUAUGUUGAAACUAUCUAAGUCUGGAGAUCUAGCCCUUGAUGAUCAAUUUAAUAUCACUUUUAGAUAUACAAAUGACAUUUUAAGUUUGGAUAAUCAAGUUUUUGCAGAUAAUAUUAAAUCGAUAUACGCUUUACAAUUGAAACUUAUUAAAUCUAAUACAUCCAAUUUAAAAGCAUUCUAUUUAGAUCUACAACUAGAAGUAAAGGAGGAUAUAUUGAAUAUCAAUGACAAUAUAAUGAUGAUUGUCUAAUUUGUGCAGUAAUGUAGCGCUAUUUCUCUUGUUUUGUGUAGAAUGUAUAAUGGUCGACCUUAAUCCGUUAGCUUUUAAAGAAGAUCUUGGUUAUAUUGAAUGCUACUGCUAUUUAGAG